GCCACUGGAUCAGAAUAGGCACGCUACAUCGCCCUUCUCUCCCUAUAUAACAUUCCCUCGGUCUUCGCCGAGCAGUGCAUCACAAUCCUUUAGAAUUCACAUCGCAAGGUUUUCUUAAAACCUCCACGUCCAUAACGCUUUCCUCUCCUCCUCUUCGUGCUCCAACUCGUUCAUGCUCUGAAAUCUGGAUCAACCUGCACGCGAUUGCUCUUAGUUUUCGAACAAAAGUGAUCCUCGGCUUCGAUAUCCAGCUCAGCCAUCAGUGAGGUUCCAACCCGUGCAGGCAGUUGUGUGAUCGAUUGGAGUGAAGCUUCAAGAUGUCGUCGAGCGGACUGCAGAGGAUCCAUGUCUGCAUCGUCGUCAUCCCCAUGUUCUUUCUGGCGCUCAUCAUCAUCGGAUUGGCAGGUGCAGCGUUCGAGGACGCGUUCUCACCGACCAAAGUCAUCGUUGUCAACCAGGUGAGCGCCACGCUCAUGAGCUACGCCAUCCCAGCGGGGACCGUGGCGCUGGCGGCUGCAAUCGCCGGGGCAAGCUUCUCAAUGGGCAAGACUGAGAGUUGGAUCAGCUCAGCCGUGGCUUUGAGCUUGGCCUUGGUGGCUUGGGCUUUCGGUCUCAUCAUCUUCGGCUUCGCCUGUAAACAAUCUUCUGUCGGCGGAGAGCUGGCGGGCAAGCUCAAAGGCUUAUCUGGCAUGUGCAUCAUUCUUUUCUUCGUCGAAACCAUCUACAUCGCCGUCCUGAACACGGUAGUUUACCCAUCAGCUCAUCCUCAACCUCAAAUCCAACCUCAAAUUUGAAUCCUAAAUACAUCUGCCGGCGGUCUCAGAUUAUAAAUUUUACUGAGUGGGAGGAAAAUUCAGUUCCAGUUCCUCUCGUUCGAUCCCUUCGUCUAGCAUCUUUAGUUUGGGUUUAGGUGCAAUAAAUUGCAAGCCCAGAAUAAGAUGGUUUUAGCCAAUAGUCAAUAGUUCAGGGGCGGGCCGGUCGUGAAUUGUGAAUUGCAUAUGUAUUAUGUCUAAAUUGCAUAGUAUGAACAUGUAUUAUGUCUAAAUUGCAUAAUAUGAACAUGUAGUAUGUAUUUCCCGGCACGCCGGCGAAUCUAAUUUCAUUUGGUUGAGUAUAAAUCAAUUAAUCAACUCAUAAACGCCUGCCGCGAAUUCCAGACUCUAAGUGUAUUCAGGAAAGGGCAAGAUGUGUCC